CAUGCUCAACCAUCAGACAACGGAAGGACUCUAAACAGCUGACAAGGGUCACCGGAAGAUCUGAAGAAAUCCACUGACAAUCGAACCAACCAUCACUGGAGAAGAGGAAGACAUUUGAGAUAUUGUGGUGCUUUUCCACUGUCCGACACCCAUGAGAAAGAAGACUUAUCGAGUCUAAUCUUCAAAGGGUUUAAUAACUAAACCAUUUAAACUCAUCCUAAAAAUGAAGGCAUUUAGCAUUGCAGUUGCAGUGACACUCGUGCUCGCCUUUAUUUGCAUUCUGGAGAGCUCUGCCGUCCCAUUUACCGGGGUGCAAGAGCUGGAGGAAGCAGGGGGCAAUGACACUCCAGUUGCGUUAUAUCAAGAAAUGUCAAUGGAAUCGAGGAUGAUGCCAAAUCACAUCAGGCAGAAGCGCCAGAGCCACCUCUCCUUGUGCCGCUGGUGCUGCAACUGCUGCAAGGGCAACAAGGGCUGCGGCUUCUGCUGCAGGUUCUGAAGAUUCCCGCAACCACCACGAAAUAUUAAUUUAUUGUGCUUUUUGUUUUGUCUUACCCUAAGAAAUAACCUUUUCUCGACCUCUUCCUCCAAUGCAAUGCCUGUGCUACACUGUUUUGUAUCAUUUUCAAGGAGGUAUGAUUCACGGAAAAGCACUGAAACAAAUGAUUCUUUGUAUUUAUUUUGUAUGUUUUAAUACUUUCACCCUGUAAGUCUUUUUGUAAGCUCAAUUGUGUGUAAAUUUGUUUCUAAAAAGAAUCCAGACUGACUGUCUCUUUGCCUGUUCUAAGUCUUACCAGUUAAUGUUUGAUGUUGAAUAAAUAAUGAACAUUUGAAGCAACUUAAAAAA